AUUGUCCUGGACAUGACAUUCUUAUGGCCACCAUGUUGAACGGUGCUGCGGUGAUGGAUGCUGCGCUUCUACUUAUUGCUGGCAAUGAAUCUUGCCCACAACCUCAAACUAGUGAACAUUUAGCUGCUAUUGAAAUUAUGAAAUUGAAACACAUCAUUAUUCUACAGAAUAAAGUUGACUUGUGUAAAGAGACCGCGUGCGAGGAGCACUAUCAUAGUAUUUUAUCUUUUAUUAAAGGGACUGUUGCUGAUGGAGCCCCGAUAGUUCCUAUUUCUGCACAACUGAAGUACAAUAUUGACGCAAUUAAUGAAUACAUUGUUAAAACAAUUCCUAUUCCUGUUCGCGAUUUUACAUCGGAUCCUCGAUUAAUU